AUGCCCGUCGCCACCUCCACCGCGACGACGGUCACGCCUCCUGACCUCUCCGCGCUCCUCACGCCCAUCCUGCCCGCCCUGGCCCCCGCGGCCGCCUCCUCCUCGCCCGCCCCGGCCGUGCUGCCCUUCCUCGCGCCCAUCCUCCGCCAGCGCGUACAGAUCCUCUCCUCUGCCUCCUCAGAACCCUGGCUGCGGCUCUUGUGCUACGACCCGGCCAAGGCCCCGCGCCUCGCCGAGAUUGCCGCUAGCGGCGCCCUCGAGCCGCACCCAGUUUCUGGCGAGGUCGAGAUCGACUGGGCCUACGAUGCGGCCACGCGCUUCCGCCGCCUCGACCGCGAGACCCUUCAGUGCCUCGUCGCCCUCGGUGACGACCACGGCGGCCUGACCUUUCGGCUCGUCUGGUGCGUCGACGAUCCGGACGGCGCGCCGAACGGCUGGCGCAUUGGCGAGGUCACCGUGCCUGACUCUCCCUCGGCGCCGUUUUCGAACUUUGGUGGCGCGGCGUCCAUCGAGGAGGCCGAGCGACUCUUUCAAGAGGAGGGGGUGAAGAAUACGACGACGGGUGGUGCGGUGAAACCGUUGCUGACGCCGGUGCCUGAGCAAGCCAACGGACACGAUGACGACGACGACGACGAUGACGGGUACUGGGACCGCUACGACGCGACGCCGGCGCGGACGCCGGCCAAUAACCGCUCCCCCGCGCCGCCGACGGCCACCAACGGCGGCACCGGCCUCCACUACGACCAUCCCGCCAAGACGAAGGCGGCCGACGAGGACGAGGACGACUACUACGCGCAGUAUGAUGACGUCCAGCCCGCCAUGGACGCCCACGACCCCGACGAGGAGGCCCACGCCGCGCAGCUCGACCCCCCCGUCGCCGCGGGCCUGUCCCCGCUCGCCGAGCAGCUUCGCCGCGAGAGCUGGGAGGCCGUGAGCGCGCAGCAGCGUCCCGAGUCGGACUUGGGCCGCAUCCCGUUGCAGCACCCGCGGCCCGAGUCGAGCGCCUCCUCGUCGCACGGCUCGGACACCGUCGCAAAGCUGGAGGCGGCGGCGGCGGCUGGCGGCGGGAUGCAGGAGCAGUCCGAGUUUGGCGUCCGCCAGCACGUCUCGCGCAGCAUUCGCAGCCUGUUCCAGCUCUCCCGCAGCAUGGGCAUCGGCCGCGAAGAGUUUGACCAGAUGGUCAGGGCGGAGCUGGACGUGCUGGGCAUGAUGGAGGAGUAG